AUGGCAUGGAUGCUGCACACCACACAUCUCGUGCGACCAGACUUUUCGAGCACAAUAUUGCAGACGGAGCCCAGGCUGGGACGUCCCCAUCAGUCGGAUCGCAUCAAGCGAGCCUGGCCAACUGGUCUCGAUGCCGGAGAUGCCAAUCUGGUGGUGGUCUCGCCGGACUGGUCCGAUCUCGAGGCUACCAUCGCGUGGUUGGGGAAUCAUCCCACAAUAGCGCAGGGCAUCGGUGAUCGACAGCGUGAGUUGUUCUACGACGGAGGAUAUCUGAGUCCCGCCGCCGAGCCGUGCUACUGGAGAGCAUUGAUCAGGGGCUGGAGCAGGGUUGUGGAGCCAGAGGGCAGGGAGUGGAUUGAACACAAGGGUGGCAGAUGGGAGCUCUUUAGUCUUGGAGGACUCUAA